GGUUCCAUAACUAACCCUGGUGACGGGGUGGUGGUAGCCAGAGCAGUUCUAACAACUCUUAUAGCAUGCUGUAUAGGAGGAGGGGUAGUUCUAUUCAUUUAUAAACUACACCCUGAUGGAGUCUGGUCCCUGUCAAAGAUGAUCAAUGGAAGUUUGGUUGGAAUGGUUUCUAUCUGUGCUGGCGCUGAUAGAUAUUAUCCCUGGGCUGCGUGUGUUAUUUCAGGAAUAGCUGGAUGCUGUUAUGUGAUUGUAUCUAAACUAAUGGUUCGAUUUAAGGUAGGCAUUAGUUUCUAUGGUACUUAG